AACUUGAGAAAUAAUUGCUUUUUAAGAACAUUGUAAUAUUUUUUUAAUUGAAAUUACAUUACACUAGUUCUUUUUUUGUUCAUAGUUCACUUUAUUGGUACCACUGGUGGCAUAAUUGCCACCUGCAGUGCUUGAUUUUGAUGAUAGGGUCAGAAUUAAAGAUUGCCUUUGAUUGGAUGAUAGGGUCAGUAUGAAGGCAGCCUUGGAUAUCAAUUUUGAAUUUGCUGAUAAGCAAUUCAGAUGGCAGACACAACUUAAAGGCUUAGAGUGACUGUAAUGGUGUACUAAUUUCUUUACAUGAGUGACUUUUAUGAAGUAUGAAGUAUUAGAAGUAUUCAGGGAAGUAAAGAGUUUUCAGCACAAGAUACAGUAUGUGUGAUCUCAAUCAGAUGGCAUAAUCUGCGCUGUUCUUUUCACUGUAUAUCGACAAUGGAAUCAAGUGUGCCACUACAAGAUCAGAAUGCCAGAACACAGGUUCAAGGUGGAAAAAGAGCAAGGGAGGCCCACAGUGGUACAGACAUACCGGGUGUCAUAGCUCACAAGUGUUGUGCUCUGAUGUGCACAACCUUCUUCACUGUCAAAGAAGUGGAGGAGAUGCGUGAAGAGUACUGGACUCUUAAUCAAGGAGACCAGAGGAAGUACUUGAAACGCGCCAUCAGGGAUGCCAGAGGCUCAUAUAGUCUGUAUGGUCGUGGUGCCUGUGAAGAGGCAUUUUUAAUGCUUCUAAAGGUUGGGCGCAGGAGAUUCUGGGACAUCAAGAAGGGAAGUAUUCGCUGUCCAAUCCAGAGGUGUCGGAAACUAAAGGAUUCGACAGUAUUUGCUCAAGAUUGGUUGGAAAGUUAUUUCAAACUCUAUGGAGAUAGACUCCCAGACAGGCAAGAAUUCAGCCUGCCCUCCUGCCUUACCAAGACAACAAUCUUCGAGCAGUAUGAGGCUGAGGUUGGUCACAGUGCUGGACUCCCACUAGUGAGCAGAUCCAUGUUCCAUGACAUCUGGACAAAACAUUUUCCAACUGUGAAAAUUGGAAAGGAUUCAGGAAGUCAUCCAAAGUGCCAGCUUUGUACAACGAUACAGACAGGACUGAUUAAGCAGCCGGAUAAGCGAAGCAGAGCUGAAUUCAUUGCACUUCGCCAGGAACACCUCAAUCUACAAGCGGAAUGCAGAAAGAAGUAUUAUAAGCAUAUAAGAAAAGCGUCAACAGACAAGAUGGAAGGGAGACACUUGUCCAUUAUUAUAGAUAACAUGGAUCAGGCAAAGUCGCGUCUGCCUUCAUUCUGCACCAACUCUAAGAGUGAUGCCCAUUUGUAUCGGCUGCAGCACCACAUCACUGGGGUAAAGGUGCACAACACCAACCAGACAUACCUAUUCACAUGGACAGAUGCUUUCCGGCCUGAUGCAAACAUUACUCUGAAUGCCCUGGUCCAUGUUCUCAGUGACCUGUGCAAGAACUUCCAAAGACUGCCAGAAGUCCUGUACCUGCAAUUGGACAAUUCUGGGAAGGACAACAAGAAUGCCUUUGUACUGAUGUUUAUGGCCUACCUUGUAAAGAUGAAGGUUUUCCAAAAGGUGAAAGUGGGCUUUCUGAUGGUUGGCCACACCCACGAAGAUAUUGAUCAGGUCUUCAGCAGAGUUGCAUCAUGGAUACGACGGCGGGACAUGGUCACCCUGCAGGACUUGGUGGACAACCUCAGGGAUAGUCAGGAGCCAUCCCCUAUUGUGGAGCAACUAACAUGCUACGAUUAUAAGCAUAGCCUUGAAGGCUGCAGGGGCCUGAUUCAGGGUAUUGCAACCCCACACCAUUUCAUAAUGACAGAAAUGGAUGGGAAGGUGGCCCUGCGCUACCGUGACUGGCCAGGAUCACCAGACCACCAUCUUGACAUUGCUGGGUAUAUCCCACAGAACUUUGAUGCGGUUGGUGUCACCACCAAUCCCAAAGUUCUUGGCGAGAUACAGCAAAUGUCAGCUGACAUGGUGAAAUGGCAGGCAACAGGGAGGUUGUCAACAACUGCUGUUGAGUGGUGGACAAGGUACUUGGCAGGAGUGUCAGAUGAAAGGGAACCUUGUGUUCCCUUUGUUGAUACCCUUCCAAGGCAACAGCCAUGGUCACCUCCACAGCAGGAGUUAGCCACCUUUCUGUUGAGUGCUGCCCGGGGUCAGCCGUCAAGUAUGCUUGAAAAUUAAGAAAAAAAAGGUGUAAUUAUUGUAAUAAUGAAAUUCCUCCAGCUCUCUCAUUUUGAAAGCUUUUAAUGCCACCAAAGGAGGGAAUAUAGUGUGAUAGUGAUCAUACUGUCCAUCCGUCUGUCUGUCACAUUUUGCCUUAAGGGUUCGAAAAAUGAUCAUAACUUCUAUGUCAAUUCAGAUAUAACCUUCAUAUUUUGUAUGCAUGUGUAUAUAGACAAGGCCUUUCCAUACGCAUACAAAUUUUGACCCCUGUUAUCUUGACCUUGAAGUAAGGGUCCGCAUUUAGGUUUCGAAAUCUGCAUUUGUUUUCGAAAAACGCUCAAAACUUCUAUAAAAGCGUUUUUCAUGGGCAUAUGUCAUCCUAUAGAAACAGCUCUUGUUUGCGUUACAUUGUUAAAUUCUGCAUACAAAACAGGUAUAAUAAUUGGGCAUUAAAUAGUAAAAAUUAGUGGAAGUAGAUUAUCGCAUUGAAUCUGAAAUUUUCACUUACCGUAAUUAUAUAACUUAUAUACAAAUACAACUUAUGUUAAGAUUACCCUAAGAAGCUUUAUAAAUGUUAGUCCAGAUCGUCAUUGGAUGAUAGAUUUUGCAGUUGAUGCAUGCUGUCUUAUUUUUUUAUGCUCAUAGUCGUAGCAUAUAGUCGCCGCUUCGUCUGUCCGUGUGUCCAUCCAUCCGUCCGUGCACAAUUGUUGUCCGGGCUAUUUCUCAGCAACUAAUGACCGGAAUUCAAUGAAACUUUAUGGGAAGCUUCACUACCAAGAGGAGAUGGGCAUAUUAUCAGCGGGUUCUGGUCGGAUGAUUUUUCACAGACUUAUGGCCCUUUGAAAUUUUCCAUUGUACAUAUAGUGUAAUUCUUGUCCGGGCUAUUUCUCAGCAACUCAUGACCGGAAUUCAAUGAAACUUUAUGGGAAGCUUCACUACCAAGAGGAGAUGUGCAUAUUAUCAGCCGGUUAUUACGGAUGAUUUUUCACAGAGUUAUGGCCCUUUGAACUUUUCCAUUGUACAUAUAGUGCAAUUCUUGUCCGAGCUAUUUCUCAGCAACUUAUUACGGGAAUUCAAUGAAACUUUAUGGGAAGCUUCACUAUCAACAGGAGCUGUGCAUAUUAUCAGCCGGUUAUGGUCGGAAGAUUUUUCACAGAGUUAUGGCCCUUUGAAAUUUGAAAUUUUUAAGUUGCUAAACCAUCCAUCGUAUUAUUUUGUCCAAAGUUAUGCCCCGUAAGACGUUUUCUUUAUCUGAAUAUAUAGUGCAAUAUUGUGACAAAAAAACCUUUGUGGAGCAUCACCCGUCUCUCUGACGGUUUCUUGUUUGCAGCUGUUCAAAACUAUCAACAAUUUGAUAUUAAAACUUAAAUAUGAUGAAGUAAAGUGUUGUUAAAUGUAUAUACCUACACUGAACAAUUAUAAUGCACAAUUUUAAGGAAAAAAAUCAUUUGGUGUUUUAUAUGACAACUAAAUAUGUUAAUUUACUGUCAACUAAUAUGCCAACUUAUGUUUAUAAGACAUAUUUUCACUAUGAUUUUACUUUUCUUCUAGGAUCUUUUCACAUUUCUUUUUUUUUGUGCAAAAUUUUAUUCAUUCUGUAUAAUAUUAUAUACAUACAUACAUGCAUACGUAGAAUAGUGUGUACAUUCAUACAAAGUAUUAUGAAUUUAAUAAAAACAAAGUAUUUCAUAUAGCUUUUUUGAUGGGUACAUAAAUAUAAUAAUUAUACUUUUCACAUUUCAUUAUGUAAUUUACUUACUUUGUUUUGCUUAGUUUUUUUUAUUAUUUAUUUACAUUAUUAUAAAAAGUAAGUUAUUUUAGUUAAGGUGCUUGAUAAUAUAUGCAUGACAAUUUGCUUAUGAGCUCAACUGGCACAUAUUUUAUUUUAUUCUCUUAUUAUAAAAGCAGCAUUGUACAAAUUCGGCAUUAGAAGAUUAUUUAGAUUUUGAACACAUUUUGUGUUAUUAUGUCACAUUUAUGUUUGCUUAAGAUUUAAAAUAGUAUAUAUAUUGUCAGCAAAAGUAGAUCUAAACUGCGUUUAUUUUACAUUCAACAAUUCUUUGUAUUGCCACACUGUGGUAAUUCAUUAACUUGUGCUGCAAAGCGUGUUUUACUUUAGAUUAUUUAAAUGGGUAAUAUGUCAAACAAGAUACAUUUCUAUUUUUGUUAUGAAUAUGCCAAACCAUUGCAUGCAUUUAUAUUGAUAAUAAAAGUGCCUAUCAGUAAAAA